AUGGCACCACUUCGAAUCACUGUUGGAGGCUCAUCGGUCAUCACCCGCCAGCCUGAGCGAGGUAUUUUGAACGUCACCGUGAACGCUGAAGGGAGCACUCGCGAGAUCGUCUCUCACAAGGUGACUGAGACUUCAAACGAGCUCAGCAAACUCUUCACAGAACUUUCUCCCAAAACAGAGUCCGGAGAUGUAACUGCAGAUGCAGCAGUGGUGACAUUCUCUUCCACCUCCCUCCGCACUUGGCGCUGGAAUGGCCCAGUAGAGGCGAAUUGUUUCAAAAACCAAGAAUACCGUGGCAAUUUGUCACUCAUUGCCGUCUUCCGUGACUUCACUAAAAUGAGUGAGGUUGCCGGGAAGCUUGUGGGAUAUCCAAAUGUCGACAUCAACUCGAUCGGCUGGGAGUUGACCGCUGCUACCAAAAAGGCAUUGGGCUCUGAGUCGCGCAAGGAGGCCAUGCGCGAUGCAGUCCAAAAAUCAAAUGACUACACCGAAGUCAUUGGGCGCAAGGUAGCUGCAGUGGAAAUUCAGGAUGGAGGCAACUCCGCUUUCAGUAUGUUGGCGCGUCCAGUACCGAUGCCUUUUGGCGGAAGCUCAGGGGGUCUCUUUGGUGGCGCAACAGGCUUCGGGCAAGUUACUGGAGGAGGCUCAGGAGGAGCCUUAUUUGGCGGUGCUGCUACAAAUACCCCUGCUCCUACUCCCUCCGCACCACUUGAUCUUACUCCACAGGAAAUUCAAUAUACAAGCUCUGUGCAGGUCAUAUUUGAAUCCAUUCCGGUGGGUGAAACGUAA